CACUGCGGCAGCCGCCUCAUCGGCCACCACGGCGCCGAGGACGCCACGGAUGCCUUCCGUGCCUUCCACCAGGAUCUGGAUUUCGUGCGCAAAUUCCUACAGCCCCUGCUGAUUGGCGAGCUGGCCCCGGAGGAGCCCAGCCAGGAUGGACCCCAGAAUGCCCAGCUGGUUGAAGACUUCCGUGCCCUGCGCCAGGCAGCCGAGGACAUGAAGCUGUUUGAGGCCAACCCCACCUUCUUUGCUUUCCUGCUGGGCCACAUCCUCGCCAUGGAGGUGCUGGCCUGGCUCAUCAUCUACCUCCUGGGCCCCGGCUGGGUGCCCAGCAUCCUGGCCGCCCUCAUUCUGGCCAUCUCCCAGGCCCAGAGCUGGUGUCUGCAGCAUGACCUGGGCCAUGCCUCUAUCUUCAGGAAGUCCCGGUGGAACCACGUAGCCCAGCAGUUUGUGAUGGGGCAGCUGAAGGGCUUCUCUGCCCACUGGUGGAAUUUCCGCCACUUCCAGCACCAUGCCAAGCCCAACAUCUUCCACAAAGACCCAGACGUGACUGUGGCACCCGUCUUCCUCCUGGGGGAAUCGUCUGUGGAGUAUGGCAAGAAGAAGCGCAGAUACUUACCCUACAACCACCAGCACCUGUACUUCUUCCUGAUUGGCCCGCCGCUUCUCACCCUGGUGAACUUUGAGGUGGAAAAUCUGGCGUACAUGCUGGUGUGCCUGCAGUGGACAGACUUGCUCUGGGCUGCCAGCUUCUACGCCCGCUUCUUCUUGUCCUACGUCCCUUUCUACGGUGUCACUGGGGUGCUGCUCCUCUUUGUUGCUGUCAGGGUUCUGGAGAGCCACUGGUUCGUGUGGAUCACACAGAUGAACCAUAUUCCCAAGGAGAUCGGCCGAGAGAAGCACCGGGACUGGGCCAGCUCUCAGCUGGCAGCCACCUGCAAUGUGGAGCCCUCACUCUUCAAUGACUGGUUCAGUGGCCACCUCAACUUCCAGAUUGAGCACCACCUCUUCCCCACGAUGCCGAGACACAACUACCGCAGGGUGGCCCCGCUGGUCAAGGCGCUGUGUGCCAAGCACGGCCUCAGCUACGAGGUGAAGCCCUUCCUCACUGCCCUGGUGGACAUCGUUGGGUAAGGCUGCAGCCCAGGCUCCUGGUGGUUUCCCGAGGGCCCAUGUCCACUCUCGUCCUGGUCAGCCCCCUCCUGAGCACCUGGAACCCUAAACUCAUGCGGGUCCCUCCCUAAGAGCUGGCAUUUGAGGCCUUUCCAGAUUGCUCCACUUUCUGUCCUUGGCCCACGCCCUCCCUCCCUUUCCCAGCGUUUAUUCACACGGUGAGAAUUUACGGAGC